GUCCUUAUUCUAAUGCUAAUAAUCAUGGAAUUAUUUUCCUUAUUUUUAAAACAAAAAUAAUAGCUUUAGUCAGUGAUAUUAAUUGUUCAGUUACACAGUCAGCAUAAUAACAGGCAUAUCUUUUUGAAUGCAAAUUGAACAUUUUCUCUGUUAAUGUUACUAAAUUUGAGGCAAAAUGUCAUAAAAGUGAGUUUAUUCAAAGAAAAUAAAGAAUAUAUCAAUAAAUCUCAGAAUUUCCAACUUUAGCAAUAGAUCUGCUUCUUAAAGUGAGAACUGAAAUGAAUAAGAUUUUUUUUUUUUUUGCAAAUUGUUAAUGUUCAGUUCUUCUUACUUAUUUGUAAGGUUAAUAGAUGGUCAAUGCAAUUUAAUAUAUAGAUUUUGGUUUGGCUAGUAUUGUGUCUUAUUUUUAAUAACUAUAAUUAUUUUGUCAAACAAAAAUAUAUUUGCACUUUUGGAUGCAAUUGUGUUUUUGAAAUAAAUCAGAACAGUGUGAAAUAGACCUCUUUCAAACAUUCACUAUAGAAUAAUAAUGAUUUCAUGGAUCAUUUUCUGUAAUUAUUUAAAUAAAUUCAAUACUGAAUUCAAGUUUAGUAUAAGGCUUUAUUUAUUUAAUACCAGCUAUAAGUCUACCUGACAGUUGAGAAAUAGAGGAGCAAGAAAUUAAAUGCCAGCUUCAGACUGACUUAUCUAAACUCUGGAAACAUGAAGAAAAUACUUAAAACCAUUAACAGAAUUUUAAAUGGAGAACAACCUGACAACUGUAGUAGAGUUUAUUCUCCUAGGCUUCUCCCAGAAUCAUAGAAUGCAGUCGCUUCUCUUUCUCCUUUUCCUUGCCAUUUAUACCACAACUUGGCUCGGAAAUCUCACCAUUAUAAUUACAGUAUUUCUCACCCCUGUUCUGCAUACACCCAUGUAUUUUCUGCUUGCUAACUUAGCUGUUGUAGACAUCAGUGAAUCUUCUGUCACAUCACUCAAAAUGUUGUGGAAUCUCUUCCACCACACUCAUACCAUUUCUUACAAUUGGUGCAUUGCACAGAUUUUUUUCAUUCAUUUAACAGGGGGCACAGUGGUCUUCUUACUAAUUGCAAUGGCUAUUGACAGAUAUAUUGCUAUUUACAAGCCCCUACAAUAUUUAAUUAUCAUGAAGAAAGAAAUUUGCAUAGGAUUGGUAGUAGGGGCAUGGUUAGGUGGCUUCGCUCAUUCCAUUAUCCAGGUUGGAGUUCUCCUUCAGCUGCCUUUCUGCAAAUCCAACAUUUUGGACAAUUUCUACUGUGACAUUCCUCAACUUAUCAAGCUGGCAUGUGCUGAUACAUACACACCUGAGCUUCUGAUAGUUUGCAAUAGUGGACUUCUCCUGACAUUAAUUUUCUUCACUUUGCUUGUGUCAUAUACAGCCAUCUUAGUAAAGAUUAGGAGGCAUAUAACAGAAGGCAAACACAAGGCCCUUUCCACUUGUGCUGCCCAGAUCAUAGUUAUGAGUUUAAAUUUUGUUCCAGGGAUGUUCAUUUAUGACCGCCCUUUCAAGGUAUUUGAAGCAGACAAGAUUGUUUCAGUGCUCUACACUCUUUUGACCCCAAUGCUGAAUUCCAUGAUCUUCACUCUUCGGAAUAAGGAGAUGAAAGUCACCAUUAAGAAGCUCAUGAGAAAAUGCUAUCUUUCUAAAUAGACAAAAGCACCACAUUCUACCCUGAGGGAAACAUGCAGAAUAACUUAAAUAUCAGUCCCCCACACCAUAGCAUUGCUCUUUGAAUUAGUAAAAUAUGCAAACGUGAAAACUUGUGCUCAGUGAACAAAUAACUAUUUUUUUAGACAAGUUUCACAACUCAGAACACACAUUUGGUUUACUUUAAUAUGAAGCAACUCUGAAAAAGUUGAAUCCAUAGGCUCUGUGUUUUAUUUUCCCUGUAAGACAUUAUUGCUCUUUAUUUUCUAUUUAUAUUUAAAUUUUAUUCAUAAAGUGUAUUGCUCUUCAGAUUUUUUUUAUUAGUUUGUCACCAUUCUGGCAUAUAUUUUGCAUGUGUUGCCUAUAUUGCCUAUCCAAUACACACUGCAUUUUAACUAACAUGCUUGUAGGCUAUUGUUGUACAUUAAUUAUUAUAUUAACUAACUGCACAAUGUUAAAUUAAAUACAAUCUCUCCUCCUAUAGUGACCACAAGGCUUUCAGUGAAAUGUCUAUGAAAAUUUGUAGCCAUUCAUGUCAUGGUUGUCCCAAAGAUGCUUUUUCACAAGGCAACUGGACUUUCUUGUUUUUCUUUGAAGAUGUUUUGCUUCUCAUCCGAGAAGCUUCUCCAGCUCUGACUGGAUGGUGGGGAAUGAAAGUAUAAAUCUUUCCAUUGAGUGAAAUGGUUCCUAACUGAAAUGAUCACUAAGUGAACAUCUGUUUCUUUGUGUUUUUCAUUCACAGAGGAGGGGGAGAGAAGUGAAGUUUGGUGUUUGCUGCCAUCUUGUUUAGAUAAAAUUCUUUCAUUCUCAUUUAAAGAACAAAUGAAAGAAAUAAUUCCUGCAGAUACCUGAUUACAGCCACUUCUCAAGUAACAACUAUCUCAAUUAGUGAUUGUUUGCAAGCAUGGCGGUCAUAAAUGUCAGUAAACAAAAGUUUAAAAAGUUGUUAUCUAUCCAAUGUGUUUACUUAUUUCCAGAUUUCUAUGUAACAACAAUACACGCCAGAGUGUGAGUAACACUGUUCUUUCUCCAUGAGAGAAUUUUAUCUCUGUAGUGGACUAGAUGAGGGAAAACAAGCUUUAAUUUAAUCUACACACAAUAAAAGUGCUGUUAAUCCUUUAAAAGCGACAUGGAAAUGAAUACAAAAAAAAAAAAAAAAACCAAGAUGGAUUUUAAAUCAAUCUAUACUAAAAUAUAAAGAAUUCAUAGACUUGGCCAAAAAAGAAAUGGAAUUCUUCUUUAAAGAAAAUAAAGAAGAAGACACAUCACUACAAAACAUAUGGGAUACAGCCAAAGCGUAUUUUAGAGGCAUAGCUA